GGAACUUUUAUUGGGAACACCGGAAUCGCGCUUUCUCGACGGGGGUUGCUGUGAAACAUGCCUAAGUUUUACUGUGACUACUGUGAUACUUACCUCACACAUGAUUCGCCGUCAGUGAGGAAGACCCACUGCAGUGGCCGAAAACACAAAGAAAAUGUGAAAGACUACUACCAGAAAUGGAUGGAGGAGCAGGCUCAGAGCCUGAUCGAUAAAACAACGGCUGCGUUUCAACAGGGAAAGAUUCCUCCCACACCGUUCCCUGGUGGCCCUCCCCCAGGGGGUCCUCCUCGUCCAGGUAUGCUGCCAACACCCCCAAUGGGAGGUCCUCCAAUGAUGCCCAUGAUGGGGCCUCCACCACAUGGGAUGAUGCCUGGUGGGCCUGGAGGCAUGAGGCCACCGAUGGGAGGACCCAUGCAGAUGAUGCCAGGACCGCCACACAUGAUGCGUCAUCCUCGACCGAUGAUGAUGCCAGUGAGGCCAGGCAUGAUGCGACCGGACAGAUAAGGCCGAGUGGAUCCUCUGCGUUCUUUGUUGCCAUGAACAGACACUGUCUCGUGAGGACAAUUGGUUUAACACUUGGAUUUUUCAGUGCGACUUUUUAACGUCUCGUCAAUUUCUCUCCAACCUUAAACGUACGUCCCCGAUUGUAAUUAUGCCAUUUUUGUAUAAUUACUUUUAUAUUCUGGUAUUUAUUUGUUUUCACCUCAUUUGAAUUAGUUGUAGAUCCCCUUAUGUCUUCUCACUGACAUACUGUUCAGCCUGCACAUCGAAAGAGCGCGUUAGAUUUGACAAUAUUUGUUGCUACAUUUUUACUUUAUUUUUAGGUUUUAAAUGUCUUUUUUUUUUUUUUGUAUUUCAUUGCAUUGGUUCGAGAAAAUAAAACGGUGAUUUCAACCCA